UAUCUACGGUGGCCAAACUCCACAGACCAAUGAUCCACCGGCACCCCUUUUUGAACCCGCGUUGUAGGGACUACCGUAUCAUGUUAAAAAUGAUAAUACAUAAUACAGGCAAGCUUCACUUUCAAACAGUGGAUGAGACCUACAGUUAGUACUACACAUUUACUGUAACUGUUGGCGUCAAGGGGUCAUAAUUAGUGACGUCGUCCAUCAUCGUCAAACUCGUAAUUUUGGUGCAAAGCCGACGGAAAGAACUGUAUGUCUUGACAACAACAGGCUGCAUGCAACUUAUGCUGAUUUUGGCCCACGUGGCCAAAAGUUUCGCGCCAAAAUAGUCCCUGGAGGACCACCCGCCUGCUGUAACUCAUAACAGAUGGAACGACUCGGUUUGUUCUAGACUGCCAAAUCUGGCGGCCCCGAUCCGACAAUCAUUUUUGGCCAAUUCAGAGCAGUCCUGUCGCACUACGUACAAUGAAGUGCCUUGGCUGUAAGACAGAGAAGCUGUCAAAGGAGUUUCCCUCAGUCACAAUACUGGACUUAUGUUAUCAUCCACCUCUUCACUGCUUCAGGUGUCUGAUCAAAGUUGUUGAGGAGCAGAAGAAAUGCCCUCACCCAACCUGCCAAAAGAAGGUACCCGGCGACUGUGCAAGGCUGAAAGAAUUCCAGGCAACAGUUAACCGUCUGUUUGCAGAGUACACCAGUACCUCUACUGUGGAGUACACUACUGCUGCAGCUGGAGCAUCAGGAGGACCACAGGCCAUCUCUGUGGCGAUGAUGAAUGGAGAGAGCAUCAGCCUGUCCUACAGUCCUUCAACAACAAUUCAUCAGAUAAAACUGGGAAUCCAGCAGAAGCUGAAACAUGCUGAGGAGAAGCAGCGGCUCAUUUACAAUGAAGAGGAGUUGAAGACCUACAUGGGCAGUGGAAAACUAGCCACCAUGGGUGACUAUGGAGUACAGCCACACAGCACCAUCCACCUGAUCAUCAUGCUGUAUGCCAUCCCUGAUCAUUUCAACCAUGUCAUCUUUGAUCUGUUCUGGGGAUAUCCAAGUCAUGGGUGUGACUUCUUGGAUGCCUCAUGCUUAAUUUUCAGUGGUACAUCAUUUGUGGCUGUUGUAGAUUACAGACACAGAUCCUACCACAGUGGUGUUGUCCGUCACUCUGGAGAUGUUAUGGAUGACUAUAAAAGGAAAGGCCAUCACACUAUUAAUGUUAAACUCAAAGAAAUACCCUCAAAUGUCACUCACAUGUUCUUCACCCUAAGUGCUUGGGCCUCCCCAAACAUUUCCAAGUACCCCAACCCCAGCCUUAAGUUCUUUGAAGCCUCCAAUAAGAAUAAGCAGUUGUGCAGUGACGAGAUGAGCCAUGCUGCCUAUUCCCAGGCCAUUGUGAUGUGCUCUGUCUCUCGUAAAACUGGGGUGUGGAAAAUAGACAGUUUGGGAAAGUUGUCACAAGGAAAUGCAGUGGACUAUGGCCCUUUGCAAGCUACCAUUCGCAAGCUGAUUCAAGAGGGUGUGUAAGAGCAUACUGCUGUAGCUGUUGUUCCUUUCACAGGUAGGAAAACAAGAAAACUGUCAGACGUUUUGGAGGGAGAAAAAUGGAGAAGGAAAUUUCCUGUAUCAAUGUUAUUGUAAUACUGCUCCUGUGGCUAUUGUUAAAUAAUGAGCAGAAAGACAAAAACCUUACCAAGAAGCAAGUUCUGGUAUACUAAAUUAAAACGAUAAUUUAGAGGGAAAGUACAGACAAAAAGUAAUUGAUAUCAUUUGACUUCAGUGUUUGUUUCUCUGACAGAAUUCAUUGCAGAACAUUUAAAGUUAUGACAUUUGUCAUUUGGUGAAGUCCAUCUAGACUAUAGUACAUGUAUAGGGCAUACUAGUACAAAAUCAUACUCUUAACUUAGAAAGUAGAAAUUCCCUGUACUGAAAAUGCACCAGUCUGCUAAUUGUUCUUACUGAGAAUGUUACUACAUGUAACUGUACUGUUAUAUGUACAUUCUUCAAUGUCAUUAACAUUAUUUGUUACAAUAAUUGCUUCUCUUACUUUGCUGCCAUGAAAUUUCCAUAAUGUUACAUUGAAUUUUUCAGACGU